AAUCGCCCCAGGAGGAAGCCUUCCCCUCCCCGCGUUAAUCCCGCCGCGCUGCCUCCACUUGUGACGAAACGUUUUUCUUCAAAUUUAAGCAGAGGCAGGCACGCGAACGUACGUACGUGAGUAGGCACAUAACAUUUGUGCGCCACGUGUAUAUAAUAUCCCCGCUGGAACUUCGGCCCUCCGCCAUUUCACUUUCCCAGAGAGGGGGUAUACAUUUCUCUCGCCUGUAUGAAGAACCCUCCAGGCGUAACAAACCCGCGCUCCCACUUUUGACGAAUUUUCCACCAGGACCAGUGAAACGAUAUGAAGCUGGCCAUAUGUUCGUAGCGCAAAUCGCUGUGAGGAAGUGCUCCCCCAGGAGAGAAGCACUUGGCAGCAGAGCGAAGGAACCCUUCAACCCAAUAUUUGAGCCCCCCCGAUUGGAACGAAAGGCCAUUUGCACGGAUCACUCUGGAUGGGGCUACUAAAUGGGGGGAGAAGCAUCACAGUAGAAAGUGCGUUCAUGUGAGGGAUUCUCUCCUUUUUUUUUUCGUUCCUUUUCCGCCCUCACAGCAUUGCAUAGGGUGCAUAUCGAUGCGUAUGGAAGCAUAUGCCUAUGGACGACAUGCCUAUCGAUGCACAUGCCUGGGCACCCGCGCACCACCUUUUUUUUUGGGCCCAACGCGGAGGUAUAGCCCCGGGAUAUAUCUCCUCCGAGGAGCCCCUUCCGUCGAGUCCCCUUCAAAUACACCAUGAGGAUCCAAAUCAAGGGAGGCAUAUGGAAGAACUGCGAAGAUGAGGUGCUGAAGGCGGCCGUGAUGAAAUACGGCCUGAACAACUGGUCGAGAGUUGCGUCCCUUCUGGUGAGGAAGUCAGCCAAGCAGUGCAAAGCCAGGUGGUAUGAGUGGCUAGACCCAUCAGUGAAAAAAACGGAGUGGAGCAAAGAGGAGGAGGAGAAGCUUCUACACCUGGCCAAGCUAUUCCCAACACAAUGGAGAACAAUUGCCCCCAUAGUUGGGAGGACAGCCAAGCAAUGCUUAGACCAUUAUGAGUACCUCCUAGAUGAAGCAGAAGGGAAGGUGUAUGACAAGAACAAAAAUCCGAGACAGCUACGACCAGGAGAAAUAGAUCCUGCACCGGAGACCAAACCUGCAAAGGCGGACCCCGUAGAUAUGGAUGAAGACGAAAAAGAAAUGUUAGCAGAAGCAAAAGCGAGGCUUGCAAAUACCAAGGGGAAGAAGGCGAAGAGGAAGGCGAGAGAAAAACAGUUAGAACAAGCUAGACGGUUGGCUCUGUUGCAAAAAAAAAGGGAGUUAAAAGCCGCAGGAAUAGUUUCCACCACCUCGGGUUACAAAAAAAAUGAUAAACACAGAAUAGACCAUGUGAAGGAGAUCCUAUUUGAAAGGAAACCGGCCAAGGGAUUCUUCGAUGUGAGUGAGGAACAGGCGCUAACCCACUUUGAUGAAAAAAAAGAGAGCAAAUAUAAAAGCGUGAAAUCGAUGGACGUGGACAAUAUAAACGAGGUAGCAGCGAGUCCGUAUGAUCACCACGAUGAGGCAAACGCUUCAAAAAAGAAAACGCCUUCCAAGGGGAAAAGAAACAACGAAGAGAAGGACCUCCUUCUGGCCAUCGAAAAUUACGAUAAGCAGUACAACGAGUUGAGUCACCUAAGAAAAAGGGUCCGGCUGAAUCUACCAGAACCCAUUUUAAACGAAAACGAAUUGGAAGAAAUAAUUCAAAUUAACAAAGAAGCUAGCUCGUUCAAUCAAAUUAUAAAAGAACAGAAUGAGAAGAACAUCCAUAACGGAAUAACCAUCAGCAACAUUCUGCCGAGUGUCACGAGCUCCCCUUUUGUGUUAAACGAGAGGGAUAGAUUCUCAUCCGUAGGAACCAACUUUUACAGCAAGUCGAUUGCCUUCUCGAGCAAACUGGAUUUCGGCAUACAGCAGGCAGCCCAGAGUCUCAUAUCAAGAAAUAUGAACGAGCCGAUCAUUGGGGCGGGGGGGUCCCUCCACACGAAGCGGCAGGUUAAGCGGCAUAUUAAUGGGCAGACGAAUCUUCCCCCUCGGGGGGAGGAUGCAGAGGAAGGGCCAGACGAAGGCCCCGACGACAGCGGGGAGGACGAAGAGGACCUCUCCCCGAUGCUGCACGAUGAACCGAAAAACAUUGCCCAAAAUGUUCAGGCGGUGAAAGAAGAAAUAGAAAGCCAGAAAAUUUUGAACCAAAGUGAGACCCCCACCAAAGGGAGAAACCACUUGAAGGACAAAAUCAUAAACGACAUCAGGAGCAACCAGAAGAAUGCCAGUCUGUAUGCCCACUCGAUCAUAUCUUAUAAGAUGGGAAGAAAUGAAAACUCCGUUUUGGAUAAGAACACUCUGCUGAGCGAGUUGUACGAUGAGGAUUACGAAGAAAAAAUCGACCGAGCUAAACUGCUCAUCAAAUCUUCCCUGGCACAUUUGCCCAAAGAGUCCAACGUGAUCGAGCUGCAAAUUCCGGAGGACUUAAACGAACAGGAGUCACAAAUAAAUUAUGAACACGUUCAGGUAGAAAAAGACAUGCAAGAUAUCGAAAAGGAAAAAAAAUUGGAGCAACUUAAAAGAGAACAGGAAAGGUUUAAUAGCCAAAAUAAAGUUAUUAGGUGGAAUUUGCCAAGGCCUUAUUUCCUUCCCAAAAUGAAUUUAACCCCGUCGGUACCAUCCCCCCCUUUGCCCAGCACUGCUGAGGAUGCCACAUCCAAAGAGGUGGAAAGUGCCGUGCUUAACGAAAUGCUCCUUUUGAUCAAAAACGAUAUGUUUAAUUACCCGAUGAAAAAUGGCACGCCCAUUCAGAAAAGGGUCCCCCUCGAUGGUGUGGAAGAAACCUACAUGCGGAUGGCCCUCCAGUCUGUGCAGGCCGAGUUGCACAAGAUGACACCCCAGGAGGGGGAAGCGGUUAACCCAGACGGGGAGCAGGCGGAUGAGAUGAAACCCACGGAGGAAGUUCACCUCUCUGAGGAAGUGCACCCCUUUGAGGAAGCCCCCCCGUCGCGCACCCGCCAACCACACAACUUCGAAACGUGGAGCGAACUAAACGAGCAAGUCCUCUUCUGCCCCGCCCAAAACGCAUACACGUUCAUCGAGCGCAUGAGCGAGCGAGACAUCAAAGAGAGUUACAAACACACAUGUGAAAAGCUAAACAAGUUCAUUCACAAAAAUAUGGAGCUCUAUAAAAAAACAGAAAACAAAUACGACGUGUACACAAAGGGCUAUGAGCGAAAAAUUAAAGGUUAUAAAAAAUCCUUUGACUCUCAAUUCAGUUUGUAUGUAAAUUAUUCGAAUGAGAAGGACGCGCUCAGCACUCUGCAUGAGCGGGAGAAGGCCUAUGCCCGUGAGCGCAUUCGGGAGGAACGAGAGGAAAACCAAAAGGAAAUUGAGUACCACAAGUCGCUCCAGCGGCUGUACGUUGAGCUGCUUGAGGAUAACAAGCGCUUGCGGGAGGGAGACUCCAAACCGGUCUCCGUAUCGUAG